AUGGAAAUCAAAGAGGAGAGAUCAUCAGAUGAAGCACGGCAGUUUCUCCCUUCAUCCCAAAUAGACAGUUUAGGAGAGCCACAGUUUACAAGUAUUCAGAGAACUGCAGAUCAGCCAAAGCUGGAGUUCAGUCUUGCAUGCAAGGAUCUAGUAGCUGCUACCCGUGAUCGGAAGCUGAAUACCUUUAUACAAGUCUCAGUGGUACAUCCAGCACAGCACAUUUUGACGAGGUAUUCAAGCACUGAAAUCGUGGAGGGUACAAGAGAUCCACUGUUUCUGACUGGUGUGACAUUCCCACCGGAAUACCCCAUCUAUGAGGAGACAAAAAUAAAACUAACAGUCUAUGAUGUCAAGGAUAAAUCUCAAGACACGGUCCGCACCAGUGUCCUCCUACCUGAUCACAAGGAGCCAAGAGCAGAUGUUGGACGAAGCUUCCUGGGUUGUACAACUUUUACAGUAGGAGACUUGGUAAAGUCAAAGGAACAACAGUUGACCCUUACCCUCAGGACUUCUGAUGGUGGAAAGACAGUUGGUACCAUUGAAGUCAAUCUUGUGAAGAUGGGAGAGCUAGAGGAUGGAGAAACGGACCACAUCACAGCAGAAGCCCAGGAUCAAAAGUGUGCAUUGGUUCGUGAAUGUACAGCCACAGAAGGCGUAAGUGGUAAAGACAACUUGCCUUCAUUAAAUGCAGUGUUAAAAAACCCGAUCUGUAAGCUAUAUAGAUUCCCUACUUCUGACAACAAGUGGAUGCGGAUCCGGGAACAGAUGGCUGAGACCACCCUCUCUUUCCAUGUUCCUAAAGAACUGAUCAAUUUGCACAUAAAGGAGGAUAUGAGAAGGAAUCAGGAACUUAAAGACUUGGGAGAACUUGCUCCUCACUGGGACAACAUGCGCAAAAGUGUUAUUGCUCACUGUGAUCAGAUGUUGAGCAUGUACCAGGAUACUCUUGCAGAGCUUGGGAAGCAUACAGGUUCUUCCUUCAAAUCAAGCUGUAGCAAAGGAGAAAAAACAUUAGAAUUCAUCCCAAUAAAUCUUCAUCUGCAAAGAAUGCACGUGCAUAGUCCUCGAUUGAAAGAUGCUCUAUAUGAUGUCAUCACCGUGGGAGCCCCGGCAGCACAUUUCCAAGGAUUUAAGAAUGGUGGUCUCCGAAAACUGCUGAGUAAAUUUGAGGCAGAAAGACGAAAUACUGGAUACCAGUGUAUUUACUAUUCACCUGAAAACACAGCCAAGGCAAAAGAAGUUCUCAGCAACAUCAAUCAUCUACAACCUCUCAUAUCAAGCCAUGCAGACCUGCUGCUUAAUUCUGCAAGCCAGCAUUCUCCAGACAGCUUGAAGAAUUCUUUAAAGAUGCUUUCAGAAAAAACAGAGUUAUUUGUGCAUACAUUUAAGGAUCAGCUGGUCCGAAGUGCCCUUUUAGCGCUGUACACAGCCCGGCCUGGCUGUGUCCUCAAGAAACCAGCUGUGCCUAGAAACAGUGCAGAAGAGGGGGCUGAUUUACAGCAUCAGGAUCAUCCUUCUCAAAUUAAAAGACAGGACUCUAUACCCCAUCACUCUGAGUAUGAUGAGGAAGAGUGGGACAGGGUGUGGGCCAAUGUGGGAAAGAGUUUAAACUGUGUUAUUGCCAUGGUGGACAGACUGCUUGAAAAAGACAACAUCAGCAACACUAAAGAGGGUGAAAAUGACCAUUCCGCAGCAGAUCGCAAGGUGUUGCAUACAGGUGGUGACUGGUAUGAACAGCUUUAUCCCCUGGUGAUUACACUGAAGGACUGCAUGGGAGAGGUGGUGACCAGGGCGAAGCAAUCGAUGGCGUUUGUUCUGCUCCAGGAACUUGCCUGUGGUUUGCCACAGUGUUUGAUGCUGACCCUAAGAAGAGACAUCGUCUUUAGUCAAGCACUCACUGGAUUGGUCUGUGGCUUUAUAAUCAAAUUGCACACAGGUUUACACGAUCAAGGAUUUUUACAACAGCUUCAUACUGUUGGAUUGCUUGUGCAAUAUGAAGGACUUCUUAGUACGUAUAGUGAAGAAGCAGGGAUGCUAGAAGACAUGGCUGUGGGAAUUUCAGAUUUGCAGAAAGUGAUGUUUAAAGUUAUUGAAGCCAAAUCAGAAGAUUUUUUGCCUAUUAUAACUGGAAGGCGUGAACAUUACGUUAUAGAGGUCCAGCUUCCAGCAAAGAUGUUUGAGUUGCUGCCACAAGAGAUUAAAGAAGGAAAGCUACUUCGCAUGUAUCCAGUGCUCUUUAAUGUUGGAAUCAAUGAACAGCAAACACUUGCAGAGAGGUUUGGAGAUACCACUUUGCAGGAAAACAUUAACCAGGAAAACUUAGAACUUCUAAAGGAAUAUUACAAGCUGUUUACAGAAAAAAUGCCUCCUGAUUGUCUACCACAUUUUCAAGAACAGAAUGAUUUAAAGGGAUUGCUAGAAAAUCUCCAUCAAAAUAUCCAGGCCAAAAAGAGAAAAAAUGUAGAAAUCAUGUGGCUGGCUGCGAUGAUUUGCCGCAAGCUGAAUGGAGUCCGUUUCACCUGUUGCAAAAGUGCCAAAGACCGGACAUCCAUGUCAGUGACGCUGGAGCAGUGCUCCAUCUUGAGGGACGAGCAUCAGCUUCACAAAGACUUCUUUAUUCGGGCGCUGGAUUGUAUGAGAAGCAGACAGACCCAGGGAGCACUGAAUGAAUCGGAUGAUCCCGAAACAGGCUGUCUAACUGAUAACAAGCCAACUUCUCGACACUUCUAUCCUGUCGCCUUGCUGCUUGUCAGCUCACACUUGCUGGUUGUGUGGCUUAUUUUAAGUCUUGCUUUGCUAUUAGCCAAAUAUCAAUGA